CGAGAUUUGGCGCACAGGUGGGCCAGAUUUCUCGCGAGAUCUCGAGCGGCCAUAGCCUGCAAAGGGGAGAGCCGCCCGUAGGAAGCGGACGUGACCGCCGCGAGUCGUUUUACUUCUUCAACUAAUUUAAUUUAUUCUUGCUUGGCAUGCAUCCGUAACGCGGUUUCCCUCUCUCUCUCUCUAUCGUCUACAAAUCGCCGAGCGGGUCGGCGAGAGCGAGCCCUGCCGCCGAGCUAUGGAGGAGGAGAAGCGACGCAGGAAGGUGGAAGCGGGAAAGGCGAAGCUUGCUGAGUUCCGACAGCGAAAAGCAAAAGGUGACGUCGCGCAUCCCGAGAAAGAGAAGAAGAAGGGGAAGAAGACGCCUCUCCAUCAACAUGGCCUGGCGACGGAAGAGCACGCACUGACCGCUGACGAGAUGGAGGGCGGCAUGGAGUUGGGUGUAGAGACGAUAGUGGAGGCUGGCCUGGGUGAACAAAUCCCCUCUGAGGAAGAUGCUCCUGGAGGCCUGGGCUCUGUUGAGCCUGAGACCACGGAGGACAGGUCCUCGGAGGUCCCAUCUCCGCCCACGGACAGGGACACAGAUGGGCUGAUGGCCCUUGAAAUCACCCAGUUUGAAGCCGCAAUCCAGCAGAGGGAUGAGAUCAUCACGCAGCUAAGUGCCAACCUGCAGCAGGCGCUCAGCAGCCGGGAUGGGGUGCAGCAGGAGACGCAGCACCUUACUACCCACAUUCAGAGUCUUCAGCAGCAGCUGCAGCAGGCCAGUGAGAUGCUGCGGAGCACGCGGCAGUGGAGCCAGACCCAGGAACUGGCGCAGGCACAGCAGCAGUUGUCCACGUGCCAGAACCUGCUGUGCGAGAAGACUUCCGAACUGCAUCGCCUGCGCUCUCGGCUCGAGCUGGCGCAUGCAACUCGGCAGCCGGGAGCCGAAGGAAGUCUGGGAACCCGGCCGGAUGGGCUGGCCCAAGAGGGGGCCGCAGAUCACGAGGUGUACAUUCCCAUCCUUCAGAAGGAAUUACAAGAAUCCAAAACUAUCGCCAGCCAGCUUGAGGCCACUAUCUCUCAAAAGGAGGCCAUCAUCCUGACGCUUCAGCAGACUUUACCCAGCAAGGACAAGGCCCCUAUGAGCACUUCCACCAGUCCCACUGGGACAGAAAGAGCUGCUCUUUGCGAGCUGACAGAGAAGGUAGGAGAAGCGGAACGCACCGUGACCGAGUUGCAACGAGAAGUUUCAUCCAAGAACUUGGCCUUGGAGGAUCUAAGGAUGCGACUGUCUGCUUCCGCAGAGAAAGAGCAGCAGCUUUCCAGAGAGAACGUCAAGCUUCUCAACGAUCUUGAUAAUUUGGCCAAGAAGCAAGGACACCUCGAUGGGAACCUCACAGAAGGGGCAGCAUCAAACUGGGAAAGAAGAGAGGGAGAACUUAGGACGGCGCUCGGUGAAGAGCGCGAUCGACAGGUCGCCGCCCUUCGUUCGGAAAUGCAGCGAGAGGUCGAGAGGCUCCAGGCAGUCAUCGAAGACCUCACAGAGAGCAACAGGAGAUCGCACGAGAGUUUACUGCUGCUGGAGGAAUCCAACGGCCAACUCAGCACAUCGUUGAGAGAUUCGCAAGCGGAGCUCGCAAGUGUGCAGGAGCAGCUGUCGUCAGUGUUGAGCGAGAGCACAGAGAUGGAUGCCAGGUAUGGGCGGGAGCUGGAGAACUUUCGCGUCAAACUUGAGACAUUGGAGAACGAGCGGACAGAGGCUCGGGGUCGCGUGGCUGAACUGGAGAAGCUGAACGCAGAGCUGUCUUUUGGCCGGGAGGAAGCUCAGAGGGCACUCGAGCAAAUCCGUGAGCAGCAGGAUAAGGACAUGGAAGGCUUGCGGUUAGCUCUGGGACUGGAGUAUAAAGGGAGCAUUGACAAACUGACGGCCGACAUUGAGAACCUCAGCGUGGCCUUGUCGCUGAGUGCGGAGGAGUUGCGAAGCACGAAGGAAACUUUAGAGCGGCAGUAUAUUGAAGAGAUGGAGGGUUUCAAAGAGUCGCUGAGGCAGGAACACAAAGAAAAUGUCAACAAGCUUCUUGCGGACAACGAGAGGCUGACCGCGGAGCUGUCCCUCGGUAAAGAGGUGGUGAAGAGCGAACUGGGCAAUGUGCCCACAGACGAGAAUGACCCUCUGGGCAUUCAGGACAAGUGCAACAGAGAAGUAGAGAAUGAAAAAGAUGCUGACGUCCAGGAGGAGAAAGGAAACCUAGAGAAGCUUGAGGCAGAGCUAGCAAAGCUUAGAGGAGACUUGGUGCACAAUACACGGGCAGCACAAAGCGCUCUUGAGAAACAACGGCAGCAGCACUAUGCUGAGGUGGAGAGCUUGAAAGAAACUCUAGGGCAGCAACACAAAGGAGGCUUGGACAAGUUGCUUGCGGACAUUCAGAAUCUCACCCUGAUGUUAUCUCAGCAUGAGCAGGAGGCACAGAGUGCUCUAGAAAAACAGCAGCAGCAGCACCUCAUUGACAAAGAGGCUCAGAAAGUCACCCUAGAUCAAGAGCACAAGGGAAAUAUAGACAAACUGUUGGGGGACCUGGAGAGGCUCAAAGAGGAGCUGCUGAACAAUAAAGAAGAGGCACAGUGCUCGCUCGAGAAGAUGAAGCAGCAGCACAGCAUUGAGAUGGAAGGUCUCAAAGAAACUCUAAGGCAGGAAAAUCGGGUCACCAUGGACAAAUUGCAGGCAGAGGUGGAGAAGCUCAACAAUGAACGGUCUCAGAGUCGACAGGAAGCGGACAGCAGAUACAAACAGAUGCAGCAGGACUACAGCAGGCAGGUGGAGGUCCUUCAAGAGCAGCUCAAAGAGCAGCGCAUGGGGGUGCAGGACGAUGCGUGCAGACUGGAGCAGCUACUUCAGCAUCACCGUGAAGAGGUGGAGGGACUGAAGGAAGCCUUGCGUGUGGAGCACAAGGGGGCCGUGGACAAGCUGCUCACCGACACGGAGACACUGAACGCGGAGUUGUCGCUGAGUCGGCAGGGGACGCGGGGGGCGCAAGAGCAGCUUCAGCAGCAGCAAAUUCGACACAUGGAGGAAGUGCAGAGCAUUUGUGAGCAGCACAUCAAAGAGCUGGAGAUUCUGAAGGAGACCACAGGCCAGGAGCACGCAGUGAAGGUGGACAAGUUGACGGCUGACAUUGAGAAACUCGGCGCAGAGCUUUCUCUGCGUCGAGAGGAAGAGCUGCAUGCAACGGUUGAGCUCCAGGAGCAGCACGCGAGAGAGCUGGAGCAGCUGAAGGAGUCGCUCGCUCAGGAGAACAAACUAAACACCGAUCAGCUGCUGGCCGAGCUGGAGAAGAGCCAUGGGCUCGCUCUGAAGGACUCGCAGGAGAAGCAGAAGGACUUAGAUGAUCUAGUCAAGCAGCUGGAGGAGAAGCACAGGUUAAGCUUGGAGUUGGCGUUGAAAGGUGCAGAUAAUCAAAGUAAGGUAACGAAUGGGGAAUCCAAGGCAGAGUUGGAGAGCAAGCAUGCGGAGGAGUUGGCAGCGCUCAAAGAAGACUUUAGAGAAAAAGUGGAAAAACUGAUUCAAGAAAAUAAAUCCUUUGAACUGGAGCAACUUGAGACUGAAGAGGGCAUCAGUGGAAUUCUUCGUGAACUGGAGGACUGCGCAACCUUCCAAGAAACACUGGAAAUAUAUGGCAGCACAUGUGACAAUGUGGAAGCCCCUGGACCCACACCUGUCCCGUCAAACUCAAGUGGCAAGGCUGUCGCAAACCCGCAAGAGUCGCCCCCUAAACCCGACGAUGACCCGGCCUCCCAAAAGCAGGGUCGGCAACUGAAGCAGCUGCUCUCUGCUUUGAGCCGGCAGUGCAUUGCUAUGAAAGGGCGAGUGCAGGCGGCUACCCUUGUUGCACAAUGCAGGCUUUUGCAGCAGGACGCACAGUACCAAUGCGAAUCGGAGCCAGCUCCGGAUGCUUCACCUCACAGCGUGGUGGAUGGAGCAGGCGCUGCGGGUGCAAAAUCGAGUGGCGGAGGUGAUCACACGCAAGGUCAAAGUGCAACAACCAUAAGCACAGCUAUUCCUACUGUGGACGAAUUCAACGCGUUGCUGCAAGAAAAAGCGGCUUUGGAAGAGAGGGUGGGCGACCUGCGUAAGACGUGUGACCUUCAGCAGGAAGAGAUGGUGUCUCUUAAAGCUCAGGCGGUGGGCGACGACGACGAGGUGGUGGAGGAGAAGAAGAAUAAGAAGGAGGAAGUGGUGCGUAAGGGGCGUGGAGGGGUGGCGCAGCUGAACGUUGGAUCUCAGGGGGACGUCCAGACGAGAGCCGUGGAGGAGCUGGGCCUGGCCGGGGCCACUGGACCCUCGCCACAAGCUGCUCUGUCUCACGUGCCACAGAAGCCUUGCUUGCUACACAAACUGCAGAAGGGAAAAGAUGAGUGCAGAUUUGAUUUAAAAUCUGUGGAUCCGAGUCCAGCUGAAAUGGCCCAUGGCCUCUCAAACCUCUACAGUCAAGAGACAAAACUGACUAUGCAGUUUCCAACCUCACUGACUGUCACCGUGGAGUCUCGCACCCCAAAUGAGAGUGAAAAUCCCUUGGAAACGGCUGGUUUUACUGCUGGAGAUAACACAAUUCUACUGGUUGGCAGUUCACAAUUGAGAGGAUAUUGUGAGCAAUAUCCACAUGAAGGGUCUUCUUCAUUCCCAGCCAUCUCAAGUUCUCGCCUGUUUGCCGACGUGUGCACCUCUCCCAAUGGGCCUUCUGUGCGGGACAUUCAAGCACUUUUUAAUUCUGUUGAUGGUCCGUCCCAGCAGCAACAGGAGGAUAAUCCAUCUGGUUUUGAUGUCUUGUUGAAUCACGCUACUCCGGUUGAUCAACCUGUGGUCAUUUCCAAGUACAAUGUGGUGCCCGGAUGUGAUUCCGAGUCUGAAUCGACCGUCGACCCUUUACGAUCACCUGACAUGGAGUCCUUAGACCGACCUCUCGUCCUCACUCACCCGUCCCACUCCGAGCCUGACGGAGAUUCAUUAGCUCGUGAUUUUGGCCACUGGCGUCCAGAGGAGUUUGCGGAAGGAUUCUCAGAGAUGAUGGUUACUAUUCCUCUGCCGACGGGACCGUCGGUGCCAUGCGCUGGCGAUUCCGGCAUUGACGUGCACACGUGGUUGUACCGGUGUCGUGGAUCUCGAGGGAGCGGUGGAAGCGGUCGGCACCGACUCACGGCUCAAAUAUCCCUCCCGUCGCCACCCUUCGCGGUGGAGCAGGCGAGCGGCGUGCAGGUGAGCCUGCUGAAAGGGUGGGCCACCGGCAGCCCUCCCCACCACGGCAUUGAUGACAAGGCCACGACAGCGCCUCCACCCGCAGAGCAGGAAGCUUGCGAGGAUGGUGUUCAGCAGCAACAGCAGCAGCACCAUGGACAAACAGACUCGGAGUCUGAGCAGAAGAGCAAGACACUGCUGAAGAAGCAGGAGGCUGAGCUACAGGAGCAGGCCGGCAGGGUGAAGGUGCAAGUGCAGGUGCAGCAAAAGGGGCAGAAGCAGCAGCAGCAGAGGAAACAUCACCGCAAGCAGCAAAAGAAGCAUCCCGGCAUGGUGCUGGUGCAGCAUAUGAGCGUGGUGCCAGAGGAAGGGCAAGAAGACCAGGUCGUCCAGGAAGAUGUGGACCGUCGCGGUGAUGGCACAGAACUGCCUCCAUCCGGAAUUCUCUCUGAGCUUCGGAAGAUUUUGAACGAUGGAGGAGACCACACGUCGGACGGUGCGUGGAGCCGCAGCCUGGGUGAAGUCCUGCGAAGAGCCUUGCAAGAAAUCCAUUCCAGUGCAACCUCUGGGGAAGCUGGGACUAACAGAGCGGCAAAUCUGGACUAUCGUGCGCUCGGACCUCAUAAACCGACAGCAGCAGAGGGGUGCAGCAAUGCAGCCCAGAGUUGGAAGGGGCAGAUUACAGAGCUCCUCAGGUUGUUGUCGAUGUUGGAAAGCCGCACAAUUCAGAAGUGCGGUGAACAGGAGAACCCUGACGCUGAGUUGUUUAGGUCCCUGGAAGCCGAGCUCCACUCGUUGCAGGUUUUGCUCGACAUAAAGGACACCGAGGUGGAGCUGCUGCAACAGCAGGUUCAAGCUUGGGGCGACCAGCAACAGUCGGCCGAGGUGAAGCAAAAAAUGAAAAAAUCCACGUUCACGCACUUCCAGGUAUCUCUCGAAGACCUAAAUGCCUCGGUCAGGGGCGAAGAAACUGCAGGUGGAAAUGGCGCUCUCCUCAACGGUGAUUCCUUCGCCCUUCGGAAGCAGGUGUUACAAAAGCAAGACGAGAUAGUGUCCUUGCAGGAAAAAAUACAGGAGUUACAACCCUUGGGACGUCAAGUGAAGGAGAUGGAAACAAUCUUCCACGGCCUGAAACGCCAGCUCGUGCAAAAAGAGUCGGCGAUCGUGUCACUGCAGUCGCUGGUCUGCGAGCUCAGGCUCGGGAGACGGGGCCUUGAAGGAGGCUGCAGGGAGGAACCCGAACACGGCGCGCAAGACCCGUCUGACGUCGCGCACUUAACUCUCGCCGCCGGUAAGGAUCCAGAGCUCCAGUGUCUUCAGUCGUGCAUUUCUGAGGUGGACCACCUGAAGGAGCGACUCAACUCCAUGUCACGUGGUGCCGAGACCCUGCGGUCGCAGCUGAGCCAGAAGGAGGUGGAGGCUGAGAAAUUUGAGCUGUGCGUCGCAGAGCUAGAGACGCUCAAACAGCAGCUGGAUUACGUGGCGAGGGACUGCGAUGGACUGAAAGAUCGGCUUGCUGUGAAGAACGUUGAGAUGCAGACGAUGCUGAUUCCACCCGUUCAAGAGGCAGCCGAGGGUCCGCCUGGCGAGGCCAUACGAAGCUACCAAUCCCUUUGCGCACAACUUGAGUGGCAGAACACAGAAAUCCGCUCGUUGCGCGCUCACAUCGUUGAGCUGGAGGUGCUGAGGCACCAGUUCCAUUCGCUCAGGAAAGACUACACGAGUCUCAAGUGGCAGCUCUCGCAGAAGGACGACGAGAUCGAUACGAUGGAGUUCCGCAUCCAGGAGCUGCAGUCGGUGUACAGCGGCUUCAUGGACGAGAGCCACGAGCAAGCGGACAGCCUGGGCAGCGGCAAAACAUCGCCCGCUUUGCCCCAACAAACAAGCGCGGCCGCUGACCGGGAACCCGCUCAGCAUUUCGACACCACCACGACAGCUACCACCGGUGCAUCAAACCCAGAGUCGGAGUGUCCAGGAGCAGAUGCCGCCCACUCUGCGAUGUGGUCACAGACUGACGCCGCCGCCACCGCCGAGGCCUCGCGCCCGAAUGCCGCCGCCGCCGCCGCCGCCGCCACCGCAGCGGCAUUCGGCGAAGACGGCAAAGGCGAGCAGCGUCGGGAGCACGGAGGCCGCACCGCCGUCCAGUGCGGCGCCCAGGUGGACAAAGACGAUGCAAAGCGAUGGGACAUGCCCAGCAGCCAAGCAGCACUGCAGGCUGCAGUGGAUGUCCAGAGGGCUUCCCUGGAGGAGGUGCACGCACUCCGGCUGGCCCUGGUGCAGAAGGAAGAGGAGCUGGAGGCCUUGAGAGUUUGCAUGUCCACACUGCAAGGAGCAGUGGAGCUGGCGGGAGAGAGCGGAUCGCACAGCGAGGAGGAUGCAGCUGAACCUUCAGAUGCAGACUCUGACGGAAGGCAACAAACACAGUUAUCCAAGGUCGCUAAGGACAAAGCCGCUGCAACAAUGUCCAAAAAUCUGCCAUCUCAGCAGUUGCUUUUGGCUGCUCUUGAGGGACCGAUGCCCGAGCCUGUCACGGACACAAAAAGUGAUACUGUGUGCACAAAGGCUGCCCUAAGUGUUGCAGAUUCUGGACAUCCCAUCCAAGGCCAGCAUCUGCACUCGGACACUGUACCCCCGCAAAAGCAUCUGGCAAGAGGCUGGCAGAAAUCUGGACCUUGUCGUGGCAGCUCCCCCUCCCAGGGAACUAUCCCUGCGGAGACGAGGAAGCUUUCCAGAACAGAGACGAUGAACAAACAAAAGCCCGCGGGCAGGUCCGCAAACAUUAAGAGGGAGCCCGCCUCCCAGACGAAGCCUUCGAGCAGGGUGGCACGAGCCACGCCACCGGUGGCAGUGCCAUGCGGAACGUGCACGCAGCUUGAAGCGGAGAGGGAUGGCCUCGUGGAGGCUCUGAGGAUGGAGAGAGAGGCCUGUCAGCACCUUCGGCAGCGGCUGCAGGUUCUGCAGCGGGAGCGGUCGCGCCCGGCUGUCGGCGGCGACUCGGACGUGGCUGGGAGUGUCCCCUCGUGGGGCGACCGCUCUACGAGCCGAGGAGAUUUGGACGUCGAGCAGAGGACGGGAUCCCCCUGCGAGCUGGUGGAAGGAGCCACGCCAGGUGGCACGGACUGUGGAGAUCAAUCGAAGCACGUGGAGAUUCGGCGGGAAGAGCCAGAUGGGCCGAGCCUGCCUGUGAUUGAAGAUUCUGCUUCUGGAGUUGGGACAGAGAUGCAAGCAAGCACAUGUGUCAAGGCUGCAGAGAAACUUUCCCUCCUGAGUGGCUCCCGGACGGAGGAGGGGACGGCUGACACGGAGAUGACCAAUGGGAACGGGGACAUAGCCCGGCCUAGCGAGGGGUCUGUCUUGGUCGCAUGUGACGGUGGCAGCAGCAGCAGUCGCACAGCUGGUCUCUCCUCCGACAGCACCGAUCUCACGAGACGCCACGGUCUGCUGCAGUGUGCAUGCAGAAGACUGCAGCUCGUGUCAACGACCACCAGAGACCUGCUCGCCCAGAUAAGCAUCAGGGUUAUCUCUGUGGUUGACUUGACUCGGGAUGAGGAGCUGGCACAGCUCUUGCGACGUUUGAAGGAGCUCGACGCUGAGAUUGCCCACUCGGAGGCCGAUCUGACAUGGGAUUCGCAACUGGCGAGCGGGGACCCGUUGGGCCGCGUGGCGCGGCAGCUGAGCGAGCUGUACGGCCGCGUGACGGUGCUCUCCGAGGAGAAGGAGGCGCUGAACGCCGUCGUGCUGGACCUGACUCGCUUGCUGCAGCAGCGCGCGUGUACGCCGCCCCCGCGGCUCGCGGGCGGCCCCGAGCCGGCUCCCACCUGGAGGAGCGACCGCCAGCCGGCGCCGCCGCCACGUAGGGCCAGCCGCGGCAGCCCGGCCACAGAGCGAGCGAUGCUCUGCGUUCCCAUCGGAAAGUUCCAGUCGCUGCACCGGCGGUUCACGAGAGCCGAGAGCCAGCGCCGCGCCCUGCUUCACCAGAAGCGCUACCUGCUGCUCGUGCUCGGCUCCUUCGCUGGCACGGAGCAGCCGGCGCUCGCUCUGCUGGCCCGCCCUCGCGUGGAGCUGCUGCUCAUCGCGCGGGAAACGGCCGCCGACGCAGCUACGCGACGGCGCUUCCGCGUCGUGGCCCGAGCUGUCGCCGCCACCUGCAGAUUGAGGAUGCUUCUGCAGAAACAGCAGCGGCAAAGAGGCUGUACAGCACAUGGCUGGAAGGUUGACAUGCCCGUGGCGGCGUUCAGUACACCGGGCCGACACUACCGUGGUCAUAGUCUGGAUGAAGUAGAACGUGAACACUUUUGGAACUGCUCACCGUGGUCCUCCCACAGUGUUCCUUGCGCUGAGGAGCACAGGAACCCCGACUCCUUCCUGCACGACUUCAUCAACAAGCUGGAGUCCAUCCAGCUGCGCCUGGGGCCCUACUACACAGAGACGUCGUCCUUUUCACGUCUGGCCAAGAAGCCCUGAGCUGCACAUCUCCUUUGUCUUCGGGAGAGAGCGCCUCCAACUCAACUUCCAAUAAACUGUGCUUAACUAAAUAAUACAUUGAUUUUAGUUCUCAAUGCCCCCUGUGUCUCGAAAGACCUUGACACCACGGUCAGAAAAUACAUAUUUUAUGAAGAAAUAUAACUUAGUUGUAUUUGUGUUUGUGUCUGUUUAAUUUAGUUGGAAUGCGACUUGCUGGUCUUUACAAGGUAAUGAUGUUGUUUCAGUGCAAGGUAGUGCAAUACAAGAAUUAUUAAAUUCAAGUAGAGAUCCCAUCACCGGUGAUAACUCUACCUCUAGCAAUGAACUUUAAUUUAAACCCUCGCACAAGGUGCAACUCUAGUCCUAGCUUAAACCCUAGCCCAAUCUCUAUACCUCAAGCCUUAUAUACCCAGCCCUUUCUGUUAGCUGAAAUGGGAACAAUUAAAGUGGUCUUGUUUUUUUUUCACGUAAAAAGGUGGCACGUUGUUUCUUUUCUCUGAUGUAUUUAUGUUCAAAGCUUGAGUGAUAGGCUUAGUUGAUCAAACGUAGAAAUACACUUUUUAGGUCUUGUUUUGUAACAGCCUAUUUAGAUCUUGUCGAAGUCGAGAAUUUGCACUUUAAUGUGUAACACGAUUGCCGUUCCAGUAGUUGAGGGAUAAUUUUCACAGUCCUAUAUUUCUAUAGUGCAGGGUUUUCUGAACUCCCAGGCCUCACGACUUAACACGGUAUACCUUCCCAUGUCUAGCAAUCUCUGUCCAAACACAAAUUAAGUUGUUACCUUCAGCACGUACCUGAUGAUUUCUAAACACGCCUCGCAUGAUAUAGGUAAUGCUGUUUUGGAUUAAGCUUGCUACAGAGAUCACCUGAAACACACACACAAGAUCUCUAUCUUAAUUUCAAUUGGCAAUCUGAGAGGAGACGUGUUUAACACCGACGUGUGUAGCAUUGUAAUUAUAUAGUUUGUAUGUUGAGCAGAGAACAUGGAAAUCUAUAUCAUGGUGGGUCAUAAGGACUGUAAUUUGGAGACCAGUGUUUAGAGUGCAGUUAUUUAUUUACUACUUUAUUUAUUAUAGAAUAUUGCUAUAUUCACCCUCCCCCGUUAAGAUAGUCUCAUAAUCAAUGUUGAAAUAAAAUGAGUAAUUACUGUAGUAUCUACAGUGUGUAGUACUUGCAUAACUUAUGCUAACCCAUACAGCAACACUCUUAUGGGCUAAAGUUUAUCAUUCAGAAUCGAUACUUUAUUUCUUUCCUAUUUUAUGAAUUCGUCAUCAAUAUUAUUUAGUGUUGCUAUUCAUAUACAAUUUAAUCCAUAAAUGAGCAUCGCUGAAUAUAAAAGGAUUGGCUAUAUCCACACUUGCACGAUAUGCAUCGCAGCUUAUGCAAUGUAAUUAAUAUAAUGAAAAUCUCAGGUCGGAAAUAAAAAUUAUUUGCACAAACAUGCAAACAUUCCAUAUUUAUAUUAACUUAAUAUACAACUUUAUCUUUUAGCAGAGACUCUUCUGCAACGGUUAUCGGCUACAGUAUUUACAUGUCAUCUCAAAAACGUUAAAACGAUUGUGAAUGUCAAAGUGAACAUAACAUUGAGCCCAUGGCAAUAGGUUUCUCUGAACAUCAUAAUCCCCUUUAAAAUUAUUAAGAGGGGCGGUUGUUGCUUACAGUUAGUUCCACAUUGCCUUAUCGCUCUGCGAUGUGUUUUUGGGUUGUACUGCGUGUUGUUAGACAAGUCUUGACGUCUACGUCCAGGGAGCUUCUUCAGAAACUCAACAAAACAUUCAGUUUCUCAACAAGCUCCGAGCACAUGCAGCGAUAUGUUGGACAUCAUGCUGAACAACACACGGUACAACCAGAAAAUGUAUCGGAGGGCUGUACAGCACAACCGACGAAACCCACAUUUGAGUAUCACUUGUUGCCUUCGUUUAAACAAAGCUCACCUCCGUAUUGCAAGUGUGAGGUAUAUAGCUAUGCAACUCCUUCAUGCUACUUUGAGCAAGUGUCAUUUAUGUUGAGGGGAUCGCUCUAAGCCGCCCUGAAAGAAGCAUAACAUCUCAUGUCUACCCAGCGCCUGGGCCAAUUCUCAAGAACACUUGUGGCAAUUUUCAUAAAAUUCCUUCGGUGGAAAUCACUUGAAUUUUUUUUGGUGCGUGCAACUGGCAUCUAAUCAGUCUCAGACAGAGAACAAUUAUGGUCCCCCACGGGUUCUUCCCAGUCCAGCAUUACAAUGCCAGCCAAUCUUGUCCAUUUCCACAUCACACCUUGUACACUUGAAACAAAUUAUAGACCGUUGAGUUGUCAAUGUUGAUACGAUUGUAAUUAUAAUAAAGAGAAUAAAAUAGUUUUAUAAGUCUAUAAA